AUGUCUGGUUUGGCGAAGUACCUCCCCAGCACCAUUAAGCUGGUCUCCAAGAGCGGCACCGUCAGCCCCAUUUCCCUUGCCGGGAAGACGGUGUUUUUUUACUUCUCCGCCUCCUGGUGCCCGCCCUGCCGCGGCUUCACCCCGACCCUUGUGGAGUUUUACGAGAAGUUCCGUGAAUCGAAGAACUUCGAGGUCGUACUUGUCACCUGGGACGACGAGGAGGAGGCGUACAACGGGUACUUCGCCAAGAUGCCAUGGCUCGCCAUCCCCUUCUCGAGCCGCGCAGAGCUGGAGGCCCUCCGGUCGACUUUUGGCGUGGAGACCAUCCCCACAGUUAUCGCCGUCAACGCCGACACGGGCGCCGUGGUCAGCACGAAGGGACGCGAGCGACUUUUGACCGACCCCGAGGGCAAAAACUUCCCCUGGUCCGACUAA